AUUUAUAUUUAAAUAUUAAAUUAUUAAAAAAUUGCGUAAAAAACUUCAGUUAUUUGAUAUAAUCUUCUUUAUUUAUAUCUAAUUCGAUAUCAUAAAAUUAAAUUAAGUAUUAAAAUUUAAUUUUAUUAAUAAUUAUAUUUUAUUAUUUUUUUUAUUUUUUAUAUAAAAUUUAUAUUAUUAUAUAAUAAUAAUAUUAUAUAUAAUAUAUACAAUACUUAUUAUUUAUGAUAUGCAGAUAAUGAUUUUCGAUUUUAUGUAAAAAUUAUGAUAUUUAGUAAUGUUUAAUAAUUUAAUUGAAAUUCUAAAUUAAUAAAUAAUCUCUACUUAAUAUCUUCUGUAUUAUUGUAAAUAUUCAAUUAAAUAAUUAAUAGCAAAAAAGCAAUUAGAAGCAAUUAUUGAUAUGGAAACGAAUUUCACAAAUAUAAUACAAAUUAAAAUAUAUUAUUCAAACAUAAAAAUUUUGUAGAUUUCAAAGGUUACUAUUAACUUUUCUCAAUUUGUUUGUUCUUAUUUAUUGAAUUUGCAUAAAUUCAAUGUAAUAGCAUAAAUUUUCGUUUCUAACAUUUAAUUAAACAAAGUAUAACAAAAAUAACAUGGAAGAUGUCAAUGCAAAACGAAAUGCUAGAAGAAGACGAAUUUUAGAAAAUUCUGAAAAACGUUUAUUAAAAAUUACUGGCAAAGACGAUAAUAAAUCAAAAGCUCAAAUUAUUGUCAAAGAUAUACAAAAAGAAAUUUCAUCUUUACAUGUAAAUAAUGAAAUAUCAGGUAUUGACAAUACUUUUAAUUGGUCAAAAAAUUCAUCACCUUUAUUGUUAACAAAUCGUAUAAAUUAUAUAUUAUUAGCUGUUAUUGUUAACAUAUUACUAAUAUUGCAAUUGGAUCAUUUAUUUGGAAAGACAAUUACAAUACCAUAUUUUCCAAUUAUGUUGGGACGUUUAUAUAAUUAUAAAAAUACACGAGAAAUGCAAGAAAAUAAUCUUCUAUAUACUGCUUUGAUUUUAUGCAAUAUCAACCCUGAAUUAACUUAUAGAUUAAAAAAAUUAGUAACAAUAAGUCGUAUGAUACUUGGAGAUUUAGCUUUAUAUAUUUUUAGUUUUACAUUAAUACAUUAUGGAUUCUGUUAUUAUCUACAUAACACAGAUAUUCCUAUUACUUUAACUGUGUAAGUUAUAUAUGAACAUAUAUAAACAAAUUAUUUCAAUUUCCUUUAAAUCUUUUUAAAAUAUAAGUACAUCAUAUAUUUAAUUAAAUUUUUAUAGUAUAUAAUUAUAAUAACAAUAAACAAAAUAUAGAAUAUAAUUCAAUGAUAAAAUAAAA